AUGUUUCUGGAGACUAAGGCCUGCUUAAUUAUAUCUGUAUAAAUAAUUCUGAAAAUAGAAAAUUCCACAAAUAAGCCUUCAGCUGAAUGCUAUUUAUACCAAUUCUUUUCAUUUUUUACUGAAAAGCAUUAUAAAGGACUGCUCAACAGAACUUAUACACAUUUCCAUGUGUAUUAGUACAACCAAUAAAAACCAGAUUUUAACAUAAGCGUACUGUUUUCUACAAGUACCUACCUUGAUGAUCCUCAGCAAUAGUUUUGGUUUUAUCUGAAUGUUCCUGAAUACGUUAAAACCUUCAAUACUCCUUUAACUUUAAAGGUGCAAAACAAUGAUACUACAGGGUGUUAAAAUGAAUUAAUUAUGGAAUUAAAGAACAUAACUAAUAAUAUGAAUAUAAGUUUUGCUGAAUAAUUGGUUAUGGAUGUGAGAGUAGAAAUGCAAUGUCAGAAUUUUCAUUAAAUGUUUUUAGGAACAGUUAAAGAUGAUACAGAGGAGGUUGAGAGUUAAGUGAUAACCUAUUCAUUUUUGAAUAGUGCUGUUUGCUUAUGUUGUAUGAUUUAUGGGUUGAGAAUACUUCGAGCACUGAUUGAAGGGUUGGAUAACCCUGAAGAAUAUAGCAUGUUUUCUAUAGGCUUUGUUAUGGUUCAGGAUUUAUACUUGUGCUUUUUGAAUUUCUUUUAGGCAAUGCAAUCAGAAACUUUUUUUUAAUAUUUUAUAACUCCAUCAUUUCUACAAUUUCUAUUGUUUUCAAUAUUUGAAAUGAGAAUAUUGAUGAUAUUAUGGAAGAACACAGUUGGAAAUGAUUAAAGUUUUAGGAAUCAUGUUAUCAAAUUUUACUUAAUUUUGUACUUGAGUAUGUUCAGCACUAUGUAUUUGAUCUAUGAGUAUAUUGUAUCAUCAUGGCUUUUAUUUUUUUUAAGCUUAUACAUAGUACCAUAGAUUACUCAUGCUGCUUAAAGAGGAUAAUUUGUAAGAUUCAACUCUAAAUUGAUUUGUGGAUUCUUAUUGCCGCGAUUAAUCUAUUAUGCUUACUUUAGAUUAUAUUGGAACAAUUUAUUCUCUCUCAAGCCAAUGCCAAUAUCCAUCAUUUGCAUUCUUGUGAGUGUUGCAAUAUAGAUUGGAGUGCAUAUAUUAUAAAAUGAAUGGGGUCCACAAUUUUUCUUGCCUAAGAUUUGUUUUCCUUCAAAAUAUAACUACUAUUACAAGAUUCCAACUUCCUUUGACCUCGAGGAAGGACCAUCUUCAGAAUAUGCACAUUUAUUUAAUGAAGAGUGUUCGAUUUGUAUGGGAGUGCUUCAUUAGGUGCCCACAAUAAGAUUAACUAACGAAGAGGAACGAAAUUAUAUGAUAAAAGAAGCCAUAAAGAAAUAGAAAAAUCAUUAUAUGAAAACUCCAUGUGAUCACAAAUUUCAUGUACUUUGUCUAGUCAAAUGGAUGUCAAUCAAACUAUCAUGUCCUAGUUGUAGAUAAUCAUUGUCACCUUUAUGA